GCGGGGCUGCGAGUGUCAGUAAGUCCCUGCGUCCGGGCCUGAGGCGUCCUCCCACCCCUGCUCCUCCCGGCCCCUCCAACAGCAGACCACUCAUCAAGGACUCUGUAUCCAAGGUCCAAAAGUUCGCUUCCCAAAAUGAUGAAUGCCGACAUGGAUGCAGUCGAUGCCGAGAACCAGGUGGAACUGGAAGAAAAAACCCGGCUGAUUAAUCAAGUGUUAGAACUCCAGCACACACUGGAAGAUCUCUCUGCAAGAGUAGAUGCAGUUAAGGAAGAAAACCUGAAGCUGAAAUCGGAAAACCAAGUUCUUGGACAAUAUAUAGAAAACCUCAUGUCAGCUUCUAGUGUUUUUCAAACAACUGACACCAAAGGCAAAAGGAAGUAAGGGCGAGAGAGCCUCUGGGCUUCGUGGAAUCGCUGCGGGUGGUUUCUGGUCUUCAGUGUGUUUUCCUUUCACCUUGGAUAGAUUCCAAACAUCUCAGUACCUGUGUUUGUGGCUUCAUUGAGUAUUUAUGAAGGUAAUGGCAGAUCUAGGCAAAGUUAGGAGAACGAAGGGCCGAACAGGAGACUUCUCUGUAUAUUAUGUUAGUCAAUGGAAACGUGCAAAUGUAUUGUAGAGACUUUAUAAUUAGAAUUGCUUAUAUUUAUGAAACCUUGAAAAUGAAUGUUUUAUCAAAUUUGCAGUUUUAGGGUUAGCACUGGCUUGUAGGUGUAGUACCAAGAUGAUACGAGAAAAUAACUACCAUGUUGUGGAAAAGUGACCAAAAUUCCGUACUGAAUGCACAGCUUUCUAUGUCCCCUGUCCACCAUCGUGUGCCUCUUUCCCAUUGGCCGCUCCAUUCCCAUCUCCCGGCCCCGGAGCAAAACAAGAGGAUGGUCUCACAUUUGUAAGAGCAGUUUCACUAGUUAAUCACUUAUGAGAGCAACCUGACCUCAUUAUAACUCACUCAAAAUAACCUUCUCAGCUGGGGCUUGUGUAUUUGUUAUAUUUUGUAAUAAGAUAGGCUGGUUUUUCUUUUUAAUAAAUGGAAUGAAAAUAAAGAUUAUUCCUUGACACUAUGAAUUUUCGAACUGGGAAGAUGUGUUGGUCAACACUUCCCUCUGCACAAGAUGACUGAUGUGGUCCCGGAGAGAAAAUACUGUGUGCACUUAAAAGAGAAAACCUUGGGAAAACAGAGCAGAAAAAUACUUAGGAAGCAAUAGUAGCCAACUCCAAAGGUCUUCAUCCCAAAUUUUCGUUGUCACCUCCCCAGUUUAUGCCUUUGGGUUUAAAUGAUGCGAAAGUGGGUUCACGUCUGACCAGCACUGUAAAUCACAUCUAGAAGAAAGCCAUCCCAUAGGGUUUGGCCUUCUAAGGUCUAUUUAUAGCCAGGAGUGUUUCUCAAAGUGGGCCAGCCAUCCCACCCCUGGGGUGAUGGAGUGGUCCAGGGGGGCUGCAAAAGCAGAUAACUACACUUUAUCCUGGCUGUAGCACGAACGAUUUUAAUUGUCAGGGGAGUUGAGUCAUUUCUUUCUGAAAAGGGGGUGGUGAACUAAAUAUGUCUGGGAACCUGUGAUUCAUAGCACCUAUAAGAUUAACUUUUGCACAAACUUCUGAGUAUGUUAGUAUCAGAAUCAUGAAAAAGAGGGGAGCGUUUCCCUUGUGUACUAAUUGAUAACCUUUCACAGUAUUCUCUCUCGCCACUUCUCCCGGAACUUUCUGUAAGUCCAGCUAUUUGGUUUACAGAGUCUUGGGCAUCCUUUUACUAAACAAUUUUUAAAACUUCAUUUGUAGUUUUCACUUAAAAAUGGCAUCAGAAAUGUUAACAUGUUUAUUACAGUAGACAGAGAGCUCCGCUAACAGAGUCUAUGGGUCUUAGAGUUGGGGCUACUUUUAAUCAUGGAAUAAUCUUAGGAUUGCACUGAUGGAUUUGUUAAAUGACUUUAUUUGUAUGAAUACUUGAUUGUCCUACUGCAGACAUAUGCUUCCCUUUUGUGACCUCAUUCACAAGCAUUUAAAAACUGUGCUGCAAUUCUACUUUGCUGUUUAAUAAAAGCCGUUUCAGAGA